GUCAAGACGGAGAGCGUCCGGGCCUGACGAACGCUUCCUGGCACCUGCUGGGCCUAGUGCUGUCCCGGACACUGGGGACGCGGUGGUCAGGAGGCCCGGGCCCCGCGGGCAACGCCUUGCGCCGGCGAACCGCGGAGAAGAGCACAACCAGCAGGUCCACGAGAGGACCCUCCCUUCAGUUCCGCUCUCCCUCCGCCUCAGCCACCCCUAGUUCGGGCAAGAGCCCCCGCGGCGACCCCGCCCCUUCCGCUCUGGAGACCAGCCAAUGAGACCUCGAGGCCGAGACUCGGGACCAGCCAGAGGGCGGCACACUCACGUGUUUGCGGCCCAGCCCCUUCCGCCUCGGGACACUGGCCAAUGAGGGCGAGAAAUCAUCUCCAGGGGGCGGGUCUGCUAACGGAAAGGGGCGGGGUUCCGUGGCCAGCUCGGGCCGCGUGCUCCCCACCACACAAGUGGGUCGCGGACCACCACGCGAGGAGCGCAGGCGGUGCUUGAGAUGGCUGAUUCUGACCCUGGAGAAAGAAACUAUGACAACAUGCUGAAAAUGCUGUCAGACCUGAAUAAAGACUUGGAAAAGCUACUGGAAGAGAUGGAGAAAAUCUCAGUGCAAGCCACAUGGAUGGCCUACGACAUGGUGGUGAUGCGCACCAACCCCUCGCUGGCAGAGUCCAUGCGCCGGCUGGAGGAUGCCUUCCUCAACUGCAAGGAGGAGAUGGAGAAGAACUGGCAGGAGCUGCUCACGGAGACCAAGCAUAAACAGUAGGCCCCUCGCCCGCCGCAGCCCCAUGCUGCCCCCGCCGCGGAGAAGCCCCUGAGGCGCCGAGCCUUCUCUGCUGGCAGAGGAACAGCGACCAGAAUAGACAGCUGUGUGAACCGUACUUGUUUCUCAAUAAACUUAUUUUUA